UCUGAAGUAAACAUCAUGAAGACUAUAUAUCUUCUCAUCGUCGUUGUGGCCAUAGUUUCAUGCGUAACCAGUACUAAUGGACUUCCAAACGUUCAUACCACAAGUACUACAGUUCCUACCACAAGUACUACAGUUCCUACCACAAAGACUACAGCCCCUACCAAAAAGACUACAGCCCCUGACACAAAGUCUACAGCCCCUGACACAAAUUCUACAGGCCCAACCAAUCCUACUACAACUGAAAAAGGGUCUAGAGCUGCUGCAAGCUUUGAAAACCCAAAAUAUGUGCAAAUUCCUUUGACAAGUCUUCUGGCUUUGUUGACCUCGGCGAUUUUGGUUUUUAAUUGAAGAACACUUACAGAAUACCAAGAACAUUAAGAAAACUUUUGUUUAAAUUUUAUCCUUAAUUUUCUAUCAGUUAUGAUUUUCAAAAAAUAAUAUAUGCUACUUCUAAUAUUGAUUUUAUUUGGCUAGACAUGAAUUGAAGUGACGAGGGAGUCAGUAAAAGUAACUCCAGUGUAUUACUGAUAGUUUUUUUUACAGACUCACUGAAGGAUAAAUGAAAUUUAUUGCAGCAGAGUUUUGAACUAAAAGAAAUGAGAUACCGAACUAUAUAGAAUAAAACAUCCAGUUCGGUGUUUACUGUGACCUACUCUCAAACAUGUUCCUUUUACUACAAAUUUUGGAGCCAGCGGCGAAAGGGGAACUCUAUGUGGUCACUUGAUUUGCUGGAAAUAGCAACCAAGUUUUUUCAUGUUCCACUGUCUUACAAAACCCAUUAUAUAAUGAGGUCCUAUACUAAGUGGUCAAGAUUGGAACGUCUUUCAUCAUAUGUCUGCUCAGUCAUUUCUAAACUGGAGUGAAACAACAACUUAAUAUUGAUCACUAGACACACUUACAAACACAAGGGUGCGUUUUUCCUAUCUACUAAAUUAAUUUCAAAUUUAGGUACAAGGCCAGCAAUUUCGAGAGAAGGAGGUUAGUCGAUUACGUCAGUACAUGACAUAUUCUUUAUUUUAUCUACUUUAGAGGAAUGAAAAGACAAGUUUGCCUUGGUUACAGACAUAAAAAAUCGGAACAAAUCCUGCAAAGGAUUUGUUCGACGCAUUGACGAUUCUGUCAAUCCAUUGCCCUUCUUUUUCUACUAAUAAUGGAUAAGUAUUGUUCUCACACACGCACGCGCAUCAAGUUUAACAAUCAUCCAUCCACACUUAAUACAUAUUAAAAGUUCGAACUCUACUCUUUCCCUCUCAAUGUGUAACCUUGUAGUAAAUCAGUUGUAAAUAGGUUUUGACUGAACGGAACCGGUUGAAUCUAUUUUACUUCCCUCACACUAUUCUGGGAUAAGCUGGGAAAAGACAUAUGGUCAAAUGUGUUCCAAAGAUUAGCACUCAACUUUUUGAAUACCGGUGAAUCAUGAUAGCGGUUCUUUGGCAUCUCCUUGGUAAUGCUGACAAAAACAAACAAAGGAAGUAAAGAAUGUUGUUCAUUGUAGCCUUCCUUUUUUCUAAAGACAUUACAAAGUGGUCUGAGUUUGAUUUGGUCUGCUAUUUCUAGCAGUCCCGUAGAGUUUCCCUCAUUUAUUUUAUUUCUUCACAGUAAAAACCAAAUACGUUUCUGCGAUUUAGUUUGAAUCAUCUGCUGUGGUUAUUUCAUUUUCCUCGCGUCACUAUCCUUUGAACGAAUGUCACGGCUUCCCACUACACUUCUUCAAAUGAAGCUAUUAAUAAAAAAAGCAAUACCUACAAAUUAUUAAGUAUAUUCAAUUCUUUUGAUUUUGAUAUAUUUUUUUUCAACGAUCGGAAAAUUUUAUUUGACUAAAUUAUAAAAUGUCAAAUAAUUCUAAAUUUCUAAAUGAACUAAAAAUUAAUGAUUGUUGUAAUAAUUAU